UCGUUAGUAUUAGCGGCGGCAUACUCCUGACUUAUAAUGGCCAUGUAUGUUAUAGACGAGCCCUUCAGGGGGCACCUGCUGGAAAGGAAAGGCUCCCUGUACCUCCGCUCCCAUCACAUGCACUAUGACAAGCCCACCAAGGUGUCCGGCUGGCAUCAGAGUCGUGAGGCUGAACCUAAAGAUUAUGACAUCACUGAAGCUCCACUAGGCAAGAAAAAUCUAUGUCGCUCUACCUACAGCCGAUUUGGAAAUGUCAAUGGUGAAGACUGGAAUACCACAACUGAACAUCAGCUAUCACAGAUUCAUCAUAAAGGAGACUACGAAGUCAGAGAUGUCCACAAAAAAAUGGUCAGUGAGGACAAUCUUGAUACUCUGAAAUGUGAAAGGCCGACUGGACUUCCAGAUAGUGGAUUUGGAGCUGUUUUGCCACAUCAUAGUAAAGAGCAUAACAAAAUGCAUCUGGAUACAACUUAUGGUGUUGAUUAUAAGACCCCUUUUAAGUAUACAACAUUUUCAAAUAUAAACAAAAUUCCUGAAGUUCCAGACUAUUCUUCUGCCUUCAAGAAAUGCCAUUCCCAAUUUACGGACACAGCGGACUACAGGAGACAUGGAAGGAACACCUGGCAAGAUGAAAGCGCCAUAUAUGCCAAUAGAGAAGUGAAACAUAAGGUCUUCAAACCAACCUGCCCCAUCACACCACAUCUUUGAAGCUAAAAUAUAUUCUUGAGCUCAGAUGAUGUCAUUAUAGAUUGAUUUAGACGUCUCAAUUAUAACUUUUUUAUAAUAUUGAAACUAAAUAUGAAAAUGACUACCUGGAUAGUGUAUUUUAACUUAUUUUGCACAGAGAUGUCAGUCAUUUAGUAAAGAUGAAACUACUCAGCCUCAGCUGUCACGUGAUUCUUACUAAAUAAAUAUUAUACGAAAACUUUUCAUUCUAAUAAAAUGUCUGUCCCUUAAUCCACCUAGAGUUGCCCAUGUUUUUAGGGAUAGGACGAUGUAUUGGUGAAAUCUUCUCUUUUUGAGAUCCCAGGGUCAACAUG